AACACUCCAUAGCCCAGCACAAUGCGUUUCAGAGAUCUGUCUGUGCGACACAAGAGUAGAUGUGUGCUCCUAAUCUAGUUUAUCACUGAACUGCGAGAGAGAGAGAUUCAACAAAACACGACUCACACCACAACAUCAGUCAACGCGAGGAUUUCCAAGUGUGGGAUAAAAUGCCGGCGAUUAUAGGUAAAAAUUCCGAAAUGGAGUUCGACUCUCUACAACCCUGCUUCUACCCGGGCGAGGAUGACUUCUAUUUCUGCGGUCCCGACUCUGCGCCACCCGGAGAGGACAUCUGGAAGAAAUUCGAGUUGCUGCCCACGCCGCCCCUCUCCCCGAGCCGAGCGGCGCUACCGGGGGAGCUGGCCUUCGCGUCCGGGGGAGACAGAGGCGACUCGGAAGCAGGUCCCAUGGGUUUUGGAUUAGGCGACCCGCUGGGCUGCGACUGGGCUUCAGAGCUCCUGUUCCUGCCCGAAGACGAUAUUUGGGGCGCGUCGGACGGAGACCUGUUCGGCGGCUGCUCCGCUUUGGAUAGUAACCCCAACUCCAUUAUCAUUCAGGACUGUAUGUGGAGCGGCUUCUCGGCCAGGGAAAAGCUGCAGAGGGUGGUCACAGAAAAGCUAGGCAAAGCCAUCUCCACCGCGGCUGCCUGUGGAGUUAGUAAAAAUGUCACUACCGCCGCGGCCAUCACAACCAAGGCGCCGGAGCUGAGUGUGGACCCCACGAUAGUCUUCCCUUUCCCCAUCAACAAAAGAAACGGUAGCAGCAGCAGCAGAUGUCCACCUGGGACGGGCCCCGCCAUUACUGCCCACUGUAGCGCAGAGGAAACUCCGAGCGACUCCGAAGAUGAUGACGACGAAGAUGAGGAGGAAGAUGAGGAGGAGGAAGAUGACGACUCAGACGGCGAAGAGAUCGAUGUGGUCACAGUGGAGAAGCGGCGUGGCUUGUCGCCAAUGGCGACUGGCACGGUCACCAUCUCGGUGCGGUCGAAGACGGGCACCACUUCUGGGGCUGUGGUCUCAUCUGGUGUCGUGAGCCGAUUCGUCAGCAGCCGGGGGUCUGCGGGGUCAAACUGUCAUGGGCAGGAGUUGAUCCUCAAGCGGAGCUCGGUCCACCAGCAGCAACACAACUACGCCGCUCCCUCGCCGUACGCCUCUGACGACGACCACGCGCCCCCCUCCAAGAAACACAAGUCAUCUAACGCUCCUCGUCAAUACUCCCGUGCCACCUCUUCAUCAUCAUCAUCGCCAUCAUCCUCGACAUUCUGCGGCUCCCUGACUGUGCCAUCCUCAACUAUGCCGGGUUCUAGAUCCAAACGCCACGCCAGCGGUGCCAGUAGCCCACGCGGCGGCUCCUCCGGUAACUCCGACUCCGAAGACUCCGAACGGCGGCGAAAUCACAAUAUCCUGGAACGCCAGCGGCGCAACGACCUGCGCUCAAGUUUCCUCACGCUCCGCGAUCAUGUGCCCGAACUGGCGAGGAACGAGAAGGCGGCCAAGGUGCUGAUCUUGAAGAAAGCGGCGGAGUAUGUGUCGUCGCUGGAGACGGAUGAACUGCGGCUGACUCAGGAGAAGGACAGGCUGCAGGCACGGAGGCACCAGCUAAUGAAGCGACUCGAGCAGGCCAGGACUUGCUAAGACUUUUUAGUGGCACAUGACGCACACACACACACACACACAGAGACAUAGACACACACAUAUAUAAAAAAUGCUUUUCUUAAAACUGCAUUGUUGGUUAAGGGCUUGUAAGUAAGCAUUUCACUGUAAGGUUGUAUUCGGCGCAUGUAACAAAUAAAAUUUGAUUUGAUAUAUUUGAUAUAUACACACGGACAUAGACACAUAGACACACACACACACACACAUAUAUAUAUACACUCAGACACACCCAGAUGACCCCCCUCCCCCUCGCUUUGUCUCAACUUAUAUAUAUGUAUACACACACACACACACACACACACGUGAGCGACAAAUGACGGGGUGGACGGGACAUUCACUGACGCCACUUUUUUGCACAUUUGUUGACGUUAAGAAUGUUUAGGGUUCUACGUUUUUCAAUCCGGUCACAUUGAGAAGAAGGAAAGAAGAGAAUAGAAGGAGGGAGGAGAAGGGAUGAAGAGAGGGAGCACGCUCCUCUUGGUCCUCUCUCUAUUUCUUGUUGUACUCAAUGUGACACUUAUAGCCCUAACCCAAACCAGGUGACUUUCAAAGGGGUCUUGUUCAUGAGGGCACAUCGUGGCAAAAUGUUUUGCAACGGAAAGUGAAAAUAAGCAUUUCUCAAUGGACACGAUCAGGUAUUCCCUCUCUGUUUCAUUCCAUUUUGCUCCAUUGUGUGCCUAAUGAAUACACACUGGGCAUAGCGUCAGAGUUGGUUGGAGAGUUCAAAGUUCACACUUAGUAGCAGAAAAUGCUUUCUACGCCUUCACAGCUGCAAACAGAAGACUCCUGUACACCAGGAAACCGCGGUAUAAUGUGCACCUUGCUAGCCGACACUUUUGUAAAUAACAGUACUGUAAAUAACAGACAAAUACACUCAGAAUCUGCCUUGUUUUAUAUACAUUUUUAUCUUUGAGUUUUUAUACAUUUUAUGUCCAAAAGCUGCCAAUAACUAGACUGGAAACUUUAUUAAAAAAUACUGCAAUGCCUCGAGGGCAACGAAACUUUGUAAUAUAAAAUGUCCCCCCCCUGCUUUGUAUUGUACCAUGAUUCCAAUACAUACUACAUUUGAUAGUUAUAUUUUCGUACGGAAAAUUAGUUCUCGGUAGAUAUCUCUUUAUCUCUUCCUUCUUUUCUUCCUCUCUCUCUCUGUUCUACCACCUUUUCUUCCUCUCUCUAUCUCUGUUCUACCACCUUUUCUUCCUCUCUCUAUCUCUGUUCUACCACCUUUUCUUCCUCUCUCUCUCUGUUCUACCACCUUUUCUUCCUCUCUCUAUCUCUGUUCUACCACCUUUUCUUCCUCUCUCUAUCUCUGUUCUACCACCUUUUCUUCUUCUCUCUCUCUCUGUUCUACCACCUUUUCUUCCUCUCUAUCUCUGUUCUACCACCUUUUCUUCUUCUCUCUCUCUCUGUUCUACCACCUUUUCUUCCUCUCUAUCUCUGUUCUACCACCUUUUCUUCCUCUCUCUAUCUCUGUUCUACCACCUUUUCUUCCUCUAUCUCUGUUCUACCACCUUUUCUUCCUCUCUAUCUCUGUUCUACCACCUUUUCUUCCUCUCUCUCUCUGUUCUACCACCUUUUCUUCCUCUCUCUAUCUCUGUUCUACCACCUUUUCUUCCUCUCUCUAUCUCUGUUCUACCACCUUUUCUUCCUCUCUCUCUCUGUUCUACCACCUUUUCCUUUCUCUUUAUUUCUCCCCAUUUGUUUAAGUAUUUGUAACUGUCGGGUGCAUAGACCUUUCUGGGUGAACGGAUAUAAGAUGUUUGUUUUUUCUUCAUUCAUAUAAUUGACAUGUAGUGCUCCAACUCAGCACUUUGAAAUACCUCAUUUUGACAAAUAAAUAGACAUUGAAAAUAAA